UAAACUGACUAAUCCAGAAGUGUGGUUAUGAUGGGUUCUGAGGAGCUGUUAUGAUUGAUGGCAGAUUGGGGCAGUGAGCAUAAAGAUGGGUGCAGGUUUAGAGGUCAGAGAGGUCUUGGGCCUGAGCUAGGACCUAACUUCCAGGUAGGAAGUAGUAUGGCAUGGCAGGACAUUGAGCCUCCUCUCCUCUUACUUUAAUCCUGGGAGUUUGUAUGUCCCUCUACACCAUUCCUGGCUAUUUUUCUGGCAUUUGUUGACAACCCUGGAGUAUGAACUUCUUAAUGUAUAAAGUAAAUUGCUUCUUCCUGACUCGCAUCUGUCCCUGCUCUGUCACAGCUUCAGGUAGGAUGGGUCUUAGCUUCAGAACAGACUCAGCAUGGCUCACUGACACAGAAAGCUUGAGUAAAACAAUCUCUCUGCAUACCUCAGACUCAAGUAAAAAAUGCUUGAUGGAUAUGAGAAGGCUUGAGAGUCUAGAAGGUAGAGAGGGAAAAGCUGGUCAGCAUCAGCCCUGGAAGAACAUCAGUCCUAGGGAGAGGAUGGAAAAGCCAGCUGCUGUCUGGACCACACCUGGGAAAGGCAUCGGGAAGGUCCCAGGAUAGCUGGAGAAUUAAGUCCCUUCUUUUCCCUUAGUUCCCCAGCUCGAUCCCAGAUGGAACCUGGAAUGGAGCCCAAGCUUCCCCUUGCUUCAGAAUGUCUUUCAGCUCCCAUCUGAUCCUAACCUCUCAUCUGCCCGACUUGCUGUGGACCUGGGACAUGCCCCUUAGCAUUUCUGAGCCCCAGUACAUCUGUCCAAUGUGCCCAUGCUUCCCUUGUGGGGCUGUUGAGAUGCACAGAAUGAAAAAAGGGUGGAAUGAUGUGGGCUGUGACCCUUCAUGAAGGCCACAGGUUCCCGAGCUGGUCUGCAUGUUUUGCCUAUCCCUCCACCAUUCCGAGCAUCCCCAGCCACGCACUUGUAUUUGCUGGAAGAGACUGAGUUCUAGAAUCUUGUCUCCUCCAAUGCCCUCCUGGCUCUGGAAUCCCCGCUAUUCCAAAUGGGGCACUCUAGAACCACAGAGUUUUGCUGCUUUUCCUGGGAAGUGCCAGCUUGCUCAGCUCUCGGCCAACUUGAGUCCACGCUUGGGCCAGUAUGCGGUGGCGGGACCGCAUAGUUGUGCUCUAUUUCCCCCAAGGCAUGAUGCUAACCGUGGCGUCACUGCUGCUCUUCUUCAUACACCUGGGUGUCUUUGCCAACGAUGUGCAAAACUUCUGGUUCACCCACCACUAUGACCGUAUGAGCUUCCAGUACACAGUUGUCUUGAUGUUCUCCCAGGUGAUCAGCAUCUGCUGGGCCGCCAUGGGGUCACUCUACGCGGAGAUGACAGAUGAAAAAUUUCUCCGGUGGUUUUCCCUGAUCAUCCUGAUACUUAAUGGAAUCAUGUUCUUCAACCGCCUGUCCCUGGAGUUUCUGGCCAUCCAGUACCGGGAGGAGAACUACUGA